GCCAUAGGACUAGGCAAUUGGUUUGGUUUUGGGAGUUUCCUAUCAGCUUCUCUUCCCCCAUGACAUCAUUGAUGGAAUACCAUGAUUGGUAAUUACAGCAGAGCAUGUGGACGAGACAAUGGAACAGUGAAUGUAUGUGUCUGUCAAAAGAAAAAGAAAUUGUUUUUUGAGGUAAUUAAGGUGGUGGUGAUCUGGUUUCUUUCAUUUAAUAAGGCAACAAUUAUGAUGGAUGGAUUAUCAUUAUCUUGAGGGGAGAUAGUGACAAAAGAAGGGAGAAAAGGGGAGAUCGGAAGAACAUCAUUGGUUGCUUUCUAUGAAUCUGUCUCAUCAAGAAUCCGCGGGUUAAGAAGAGAUGGGGAAAACUGGGAAAUGGAUAAAGAAUUUCUUGAGUGGGAAGAAGGAGAAGGAGAAGGUGAUCGUCUAUGGAGGUGGUGGGAAUGAGCAGCCUACAACGCCGGUUUCCGUCACUCCCAGAGAGAAGAAGCGGUGGAGCUUCCGGCGGUCGUCGGCCACCGCGCCGGGGCAGCGAGAAUUGUUCAGUUCUGCUCCGGAAAGCACUGCCACCACUCCCAAUGCCAAACAAGACGCGUUGGAAUCAUCAGAUCAUGACCAGAAAAAGCACGCCUUGGCGGUGGCGGCGGCCACCGCCGCCGCUGCCGACGCUGCGGCGGCGGCUGCCAAGGCAGCCGCCGCCGUGAUCCAACUCACCGCGGCUGCUUCCAUCGGCGGCAGAGCCUCCGAGGCUGCCGCCACUAAAAUUCAGGCAGUUUUCCGGGGUUACUUGGCUAGAAAAGCGUUGAAUGCUUUGAAAGGGCUAGUGAAAUUGCAGGCACUGGUGAGGGGACAUUUGGUGAGGAAACAGGCAGCCGCAACACUGAGAUGCAUGCAGGCACUCAUAACAGCGCAGGCUAGAGCUCGAGCCCAGCGGCUAAAAAUGGCGGAAGAUCAAGAAAAACCCACCAAUCAAAGGCUAUCAGUUCACAGCAGAUUCCGCCACUCAUUCAAAGAUUAUGAAAGAGGAAUGGAGGAGAACAUCAAGAUUGUGGAGAUGGAUCUGGGAGAUUCAAAGGAGGGGAGCAUGAAAAGCCGAAACAGUUAUUCCAAUCAUGGGCAAACAGAGCACAGAUUUUCAUCGUACAAUCCCUCCUCGUAUUCCAAGCAAGAAACUCCACAAAUCUCCCCGGCGCCGUCGGCCGCGACGGACCAGAGCCCAAGAGCCUACAGCGGCCAUUUCGAAGACUACUCUUUCAACACCGCACAAAGCAGCCCACAAUGCUACUCCUCCUCCGCCAUGGCCAAACCCGACCCGCCAAGAAUCCCCGUCCCCUACGCCCGAUCGGAGUACUCAGACUCCAUUUACACCGACUACCCAUUCUACCCAAGCUACAUGGCCAACACAAAAUCCUCCCAGGCCAAAGUCCGCUCCCACAGCGCCCCCAAACAGCGCCCGGAGACCUUCGAGCGGCAGCCCAGCCGCCGCCGCCCGUCCAUCGAGGGAAGAAACGUGCCACGCGCCGUCAGAAUGCAGCGCUCAUCCUCCCACGUUUCCUCCGCCGCGCAGAACUACCAGUAUCCAUGGUCGAUCAAGCUCGACAGAUCAAACAUCUCGCUCAAGGACAGCGAGUGCGGCUCCACUUGCAGUGUUCUUACGACCAACACAAUGUACUGCAGACCGGUGGUCGGAUUCGAUGUGCAGGGAAAUAGGUACUAACUAAUCAGGAAAUAAAGAAGCAAGGAAGGAAGUGCAACUCCUGAACUGAUUUGUGACAGUUUGGUCGCUUUAGUUUCAAACGUUUGAUCGUUCUUUAAGUUUGGGUUCUGGUUUCUUAAAUUUGACUGUGUUUUUUGUUGUUGAUGAUGAUGAUGAUGAAGUGUAACAAGUUUGUUCAUAGGCCCUCUUCUUUUUCUAAACUGCUUGUUGUGUAGUAAAGCUUGUAAGCAGAACUUAUCCAAACAUUCGACUUUUUAAAGAAUCUUUUUAGUCUAU